AAUUGAACUUGUUCUUCUCGAUUUUCGCAUUUUGAAGGACAACGACCCUGUACGCCAUGGAGCUCCAAUUAUGGCCGCUCUGAAACCGAAAUCUCCCAUGUUCUAUGGUCGUGAAUCUGCCUGUGACUGCUCCUCCUCCUCGCAGCCAACGGACGGACGGAAUCAUGGAAUUUGAGUCAAGGGAAGGAUUCCUCGUUUCGUGUCCGCUGAUGAGCAUGAAAUUCCCUGGUGUUUGCACCAUUGGUACUAGUCCAACCAACACCAGCCGACCCCUGAAGCCUGAAGGGCCCAGAACCCUUCUCCCCCCCUACUUCGGGCAACGUCGUGGCGAGUUCAAACCUGAACAGGGUCCAGAAUCGGUGGUGGUGAUGGUGGUGGUAGUGGUGGUGGUGGCUGGCAGUCGGACAAUCCGGCGUCGACGCGGAACGUCGCAAGCAUCAUCGUCAACAGGAUGGGGCCUAGAGAUGCAUGGACCGCUGCUGUUCCCGAGCGUUUUCCGCCCGGGAUGUACCAAUGUCGCUUCCUUUCUUGAUUUCAAGGCAGGGAGCUCUAUUCCUAUUACAUAGGUAUACAGGUUUGUACCAGGGUUGAUACUCCUGGCUCCACGUGCCCUCAAGUCCUAUUGUCUUGCUGAUGAAGUUGGUUGAGGGUGUCAGGCAUAGG